UUUCAAACCUGUUCCCCAUUUAAUAAAAAUGUAAUUCAAUUGCGUGUUUGUGCAUAUAAAUCAACGGGGGUGGCUGGGUCGGCCGCAACAACGACCUAAACAACAGGUUCGGCAGGUGUUUGAAGUGGUCAGCGGCAGACAGCCUUACCUGGUACAGGUGAGAGUGUUUCCCAAGAAGAUUGUUUGGGGUGCAGUAGACUGAGCGGAAGAGUCUCUUUUAAAGAAUGAAUAAUCCCAUACCGUCCAACCUAAGGUCUGAGUCUAAGAAGGCUGCCAAAAUCCUGCGGGAAUUCACAGAGAUCUCCAACCGAACUGGACCUGACAAGCUCAUUCCUCCUCAUGUGAUCGCCAAAGCACAAGGUCUGGCCAUCAUAUCUGUUAUCAAGGCGGGGUUUAUGAUCACAGCGCGGGGUGGCAGCGGAAUCGUGGUGGCUCGGCUCUCUGAUGGACGCUGGUCUGCUCCCUCUGCUAUUGGAAUCGCAGGCCUUGGAGGAGGGUUUGAGAUUGGCGUUGAGGUUUCAGACCUGGUCAUCAUCUUGAAUCACAGGAGGGCCAUUGACGCUUUCACGAAAGGCGGGAACCUCACCUUGGGAGGCAACUGUACCGUGGCAGUGGGACCUCUGGGCAGGAACGUUGAGGCGGAUGUGGCAUUGCGGAGCACAGCCGCUGUCUUCACCUACUGCAAGUCACGUGGCCUCUUCGCAGGGGUGUCCUUGGAGGGCUCUUAUCUUAUAGAGCGCAAAGAAACCAACAGAAAGUUUUAUUCCCAGGAUAUCCGGGCCCACGAGAUCCUGAACGGGAAUGUGGAACCUUCGCCAGGUGCCCAAGAGCUGUAUGCCAUCCUGGAGGACUACACCGAAAAGUACACCACAGACUGGCAGCGCAAGAACCUCCGGCAAUCCAAUAAGUCAAGUGCUCCACCAGCAAGACCACGGCCUCCGGUGCAGAAACCCUCAGUAACCCGCAAAGCAGAAGAUGUUAAGUCAUCCGUGUACCCUGAUGUGGCAGCUCUGAAAUGGGACAGUCCUGCUCCAUCCAGAAAAGCGGACAGGCCCCUAGUGGUCACUGCAGUGCACCCUUUCAUGGGCCAGCAGCCUGGGGAUCUGAGCUUUGACGUGGGAGACAAGAUCACCGUGGUCACCAAGACCGACUCUCAGUUUGACUGGUGGGAGGGGCAGCUGCAGGGGCAAGUAGGCAUCUUCCCUGCUAACUUUGUCUCCUUCAACUGAGCAGGGCGGGCAGCAGGUCAGUGGGAAUAUCUCCCGGCAGUUGUACUUGGUUUGCAUGUCUUUUGAUUUGUUUAAUGUUACGUCACCAACUGAAGGAGGUAUGAUUUCUAUUGCUUGUUAAGGCAUGCCACAGCCCCCACUCAUCUUCAUUUAAGUGUUAAAUAUUUAAGGGCUGCAGGGACCAGUACAAAAAUUAAUUGGAAACUGAUUAGCACUACACAGAAUUUAAUUUUGAAAGUUUUCUUAGUUUUGUAGGAAUAUGGUUAGAUCUUGAUUCUGUUACUGAAUGUUGCACAAUGAAGGAUUUUUUUUGUAUUCUUAAAUGCAUGUAAUCUUUGGGCAAAAUGACCGGUUUCCCAGCCCGAUCCUCAACCCCAUGACAGUCCACAUUUUGGCUCCCUACAUUCCUGAACCAGGUAUUUCUUGUUGUUCUUUAGCUGGGAGGGAGCCAGUAUGUUGACUAUUUUGGGGUCCUCAGGCUGGGAUGAGAAGCACUGCUUUAAAGGAUUCUUCUAGAUAGUGUUACCCACAUGGCUGUCACUUUGUGUUUAGGGUGACUUUUUUUUUUUUUUUUUUUAACCAGUGUUCAAUACUUUACAACUGAAAUUAUGUUGCAAAGUUUUUUUUAAAGGUGGGAGGCUGAAGUCCAGAUGGCUGGCAUAUCCAGAUAACUUAUUGGCAGCAGUCACUGCCGUGUUUUAAUUUUUUGUAAAUUCUACCAUUAAAAGAACUUCUGUGUCGUCAUGGUUACAGCUUCAAACUAAUUAUGAAUUUUGAAUGACUGUUUGAACAGAUAUAUAAUGUCACACUAUUUGAAUUUCUAAUAAAUGUGUUGGAUUAUGAUCUUUAUAAAUCUUUGCAUUUUGGAAUAAUAUGCAACCAGGGUCUUAAUGUCCAGACCACCUCACCAUAUUUACAUCAGAAGUCUGGUAUGUGCAGGUGCCAAAAGGAAGAUUUUCUUGUAUUGAGAGCCACAUAUAGCAAGUACAUUAUGAAAUUCAGACUAGAAAAUUACACGUAUAGCAAAAGAUUCAGCUAUAUUAACUUAUUCAGGAAAAGAAUGAACAGUUUUGUCUCCAGAGUUGAUCAGGAAAAUGCAGGUCAACCAUUGGAUGAAUCCAAUCCACUUCCCACAGUAAGGGUUGUUGCCAUGUCUUUGCAUAAGGAACACAAUUUGCUCCACACUAUAAUUUGUACAAGGUGUCUUGUCUUGCAGCAUUUGCGGGAAAGGCUUGAUGCAACAAAAUAACCUGAAGCUCUCAACCUUCCUCCUAAUCUUGUACGAUGACUUUCCAUUGCAUUGGUCUCUGAGGUUGUUCUUCCUCAAACCCGUCCUAUCUUGACUUCACAUUCCUAUAUACCAGUGCUUCACUAUUUGGUUCUCAGGGACCCACAUGGACAAUCCAUGUCUUUCAGAAAUACGGACUGUUCAGCAGGGAGCAGGAAAGAAGCAGUAAUGUGCACAGUCUGUGGGUCCCUGAGGUCUGGAUUGAGAAACACUGCUAUAUAAAGUGCUGACAAAGUCUUGGGAUGCUUGCUUAAUUCCGUGAAAAUAUUGCAAAUUGGUUUUAUAACAAAACGUAAUUAAUUUUACAAAAAAUGCGUAUCGCAUUAGAAACAACCAGUAGUUUUAAGUGAAGCAUUCAUUUCCAGUAGUGAUAAAUUGAAACCCAAAUUAUAGUUCUAAAAGAGCUGUUCUGAGUUUAAAAGUUUGAGAAGCAUCAUUGGGUGUUUUUUUUUUUUAAAUUGGUUACACCUUUGCAAUAACGCUAAAUGUGUAUUGGUAUCGUUUUUGGAGCCAAUGACUACAGUUGCAAUUAAUAGCAAAAUGGCAACAACAGAAGGAAAUUGACUAUAAAAAGGAAAUGUCUGUGUGAGAUGUGCAGAUACGUUAAAACAUUGCUUGUCAAUGGACUUUUUUUUUAUGAAGCCAAUAAAUUUGCAAUGUCUUUACGGAAUUGAGGAAGUGUGCCAAGACUAUCUGUGAGCACUGUAUAAUCAUCAGUCGGAUGCUCUUUGUGAGGAAACCAUGAAUCAGUCAGGGUUUUGUAAUGCAAAUUUGUAAUACAUUUAAAUAAAAACUUCUAUUAACAUUUGGACUUUACAAAUUAAGAGUCAUGCUCUGUGGUGGUUCAAGCCUGUUAAACUAUCUUUCUUUUGUGCUAGUCCACAAACUUGAUCCUGGAGCACCCUCACUGCACAGAUUAGAGACCAGUGGCAUCCCAAGAAGGACAGACUUUGUUUGCAUGCUGUUGAAUGUGGCAGCCAAUGAGAGCAUGUCGAUGAAAUCAUUUAUCUAAGAUGGGGGGGGGGCAGUACCCAUUGAAACCAUCCUGUGGAAAUGAUCAGCAUGCUGUCACUAUUGUAACUGGCAGCAACUUUGUAACACCGGCGUCAAACAGGAAGGGUGGCAAGAAUCCAACUGCAAAACUAUCUGACAUUAAUGCUAGAUGGCCAUGUGGUACGACUGAUAAGGGGUCACAGAACUUUUACUGUGUGCAAGGCACAUGCGUCCCCCCAGUCAACUUAAAUAAUUUGUUUACGAUGACUGAAAGUUGUUGGGCUGCCUUUGGGACAUAAGGGACAGAAAUGGAACUCCAUGACUGAAGAACUGAUCAAAGAUUCACUGUAACCUGUAGGCAUGAUGAUUUUCCUCAGAUUUUCUGGUUAUGCAUCUUAAGUGUAGCUUUUUUUUUUUUUUUUGAUCUAUGCUUUGGUAGCGUUACACAAAAUACAAAAUUUGAGUUCUGUUUAAUGGUUCUGUUCUCUUCAAAAUCUGUGGUGGGUUCCUGUAAUUAAAUGGGACUGUAGUAUAAAAGAUACACGUGGUUCCUCUAGGAUUGUGGUUCUUGGGGGUUCUUGCUUACUGUUGUGCUUUCCUCAUUUAUAUAUUAAUGAUUCACAUUUGUAAUGGGUACUGCAGCUAGUCAGCAGUAAUUAACAUUGUAGCUGGAUCUACUAAGAGAUUAGCCCUGCAUUCUUUAGGGUUGAGGAAAUAAUCACAACAUUCCCUUGUCCAGGACUAGUUCUGUCAAAUUUGAGAUGGACUGGCUUAUGUUUGUAUUCAUUCUCGUAUAUAAAUCUGAAAUAUUUUAUUUUUUUGGAGGGCUGUGAGUUUUAUGGCAGAAGUGUUCGAUUUUCACCUAUGGACUAUCAGUUAACUUAUUAACAUCUUGUAAAUCACCAUCUUGCAUGUCUCUUGUCUGCAGGAAUGGACUUAUCAGGCUGGUAAAAUGUCCUCUGGCAUUAAUUAUGCCAGUUAAAAUAACACGCAUGGCCACAGUGGGGCAUGUCAAAUUCCUUUGGUAAAAACAACAAUAAAUGUUUAUACAUGUCGUGAACCUGAUCCAAGUGUCUAAGGAAAACACCACCUCCGUAUAAUUCAUAGUGUAUUAUUCUGGAGGGUGAUCCGCAGUGAAUGAAAGGUGUUUAUCUGCUCUUAGCUGGAAUGCUGGGCCUCUAUCCCUAUUGUACUUAGAAUCUGUCAACAAAACACACAAAGAAACCAUAUCCAUUCUGAAGAGCCUUAAUGUUUGUUAAAUUAAAUAAUGAAUGAUGACAAUCAUGUUUUAUUUACUUAAGAGUCCCAUUUAACCAAAGAAGUAGAUUUUGUCAAAUGCAUUUCUGUACCGACCUCAUACAUUAAUAAACAAGUUUACUUUAA